GAGCAGUGCGUGGAUCAGUCCCAGCAAACCCAGUGUCCAGGGCUCUCAGCCCUCCUCCCCCUUCGGUAGCAGCAGCAGCAGCAGCGCUAUUAAAGGAUUUUGCCAAGCACCUCGUCACCUUUCGUCUUCUUUCACCGUCAAAAUGCAGAUAAAGGAAGAUAUGAAUCCAGUUCUUCUCUACCUUCUACAUUUUUUCAUGUGGCUUUAUGGGGUUGUUACAUUUGUGCCGUGGUUCUUGCUGUCAGGUGCCCGAGACAGGCAGGCCCGGGCCAGUCGUGUAAAGGCAAAAUCUGUGGCCGACAAGCCAGAGAGUGCGUAUAGAUCAGUGGACAGCUUCCAUUCGCUCGCCUCUUCUCUGUACACAGGAUGUGACACCCUUGACAAGGUCUUUAAACAUGGUACUGAACUAUUCAAACACAAGGACUGCUUGGGAACACGAGAGGUGCUGAGCGAGGAAGAUGAGGUCCAGCCUAAUGGCAAAGUUUUCAAAAAGGUGAUCUUGGGAAGGUACAACUGGAUGUCCUACGAGGAGGCCUACUUGUUUGCUUCGCAGUUUGGAAGUGGUCUUGCUGCACUCGGUCAGAAACCCAGGUCCAACAUUGCCAUAUUCUGUGAGACUCGAGCGGAGUGGAUCAUAUCAGCCCAGGCUUGCUUCAUGUACAAUUUUCCACUUGUUACGCUGUAUGCAACUCUGGGCGGCCCUGCCAUUGCACACGGACUCGCUGAAACAGAGGUGACACACAUCAUUACCAGCAAGGAGCUUCUGCAAACAAAGCUGAAGGCUAUACUCCCCCAGGUCCCUCUUCUUAGGCACAUUAUCCUUGUGGAUGGCAUGGGAGCACAGCAGACUGAUUUUCCCAAGAAUAUUACUGUUCAUAGUAUGGGCGCAGUGCAAGCCUUUGGAGCAAAGCAAUUGAAUACGCAGCGCUCCUUCCCCGAGGCACGCGACAUUGCUGUAAUUAUGUAUACGAGUGGCUCAACCGGCAUUCCAAAAGGAGUCAUGAUUUCUCAUAGUAACUUAAUAUCGGGCAUUACAGGGAUGGCACAGAGGAUACCUAACUUGGGGGCCACGGAUACAUACAUAGGAUACCUGCCUUUGGCACACGUGUUAGAGCUGAGUGCUGAGUUGGUUUGCCUUUCACGAGGUUGCCGUGUGGGCUAUUCUUCACCACAGACCCUAUCUGACCAGUCCACGAAAAUCAAGAAAGGGAGCAAAGGAGACGCAUCAGAACUUCAGCCAACUCUGAUGGCAGCUGUCCCUGAAAUCAUGGACCGUAUUUAUAAGAAUGUCAUGAGCAAAGUGGCCUCUAUGAGCCCAGUACAGAAAGGCCUUUUCUCCCUGGCUUACAACUACAAGAUGAAGCAGAUUUCCAGAGGUUACAGCACUCCUGUGUGUGACAGGGUUGUGUUUUGGAAAGUGAGGAAGCUGUUGGGAGGGAAGUUACGAGUUCUGCUGUCUGGGGGAGCCCCACUUUCUGCAGCCACCCAGCGUUUCAUGAACAUUUGUUUCUGUUGCCCAGUGGGGCAAGGAUAUGGCCUGACAGAGACCUGCGGAGCUGGCACUAUCACAGAGGUGUGGGACUACAGCACUGGCAGGGUAGGAGCACCAUUGGUCUGUUGUGAGAUAAAGCUGAAGAACUGGGAAGAAGGCGGGUACUAUAACACAGAUCGGCCAUGUCCCAGAGGUGAGAUCCUGAUUGGUGGACCCAAUGUUACCAUGGGCUACUACAAAAACAAGGCUAAGACCCGGGAGGACUUCUUUGUGGAUGAGAAUGGGCAGCGCUGGUUCUGCACUGGGGAUAUUGGCGAAUUCCAUUCUGACGGCUGCUUAAAAAUCAUUGAUCGGAAGAAGGACUUGGUGAAGCUUCAAGCUGGGGAAUAUGUUUCUUUAGGAAAAGUGGAGGCCGCACUGAAAAACCUUCCCAUUGUCGAUAAUAUCUGUGCAUACGCAAACAGUGACCAGUCCUAUGUCAUUGGCUUUGUGGUACCAAACCAAAAGGAACUGUUGAAGCUGGCAGAGAAGAAGGGUGCGCAAGGAUGCUGGGAGUCUCUGUGUAACAAUUCUGUCAUGGAGCGGGAAGUCCUGAAGGUCCUCGCUGAGUCUCCAGCAGCAGCCACCCUAGAGAAGUUUGAGGUCCCUGUAAAGAUCCGUCUAGUUUCGGAACCUUGGACCCCUGAAACCGGACUGGUGACUGAUGCCUUCAAGCUCAAGCGCAAAGAACUGAAGAGUCACUACCAGGAGGAUAUUGAGCGGAUGUAUGGGGGGAAAUGAAGUCUGCUUUCCAUUCCAUCUGGAAAGGCCACUUAUUUAUUGCUCCCUUAAAGGCCCCUCUUGCAGCCAUUGGGUCUAAAUCCAGCGAGUCUGUUACAAGGACCUGAGAUCAAAUGGAAAAAGCUUGAACUUCCCUAUUGCAAAACCCUAAACCAAACCACAUUAAAAGAGGAAAACCUUUUGUAAUAAAAUACAAACUAGGAUUUUACUUUUUUUGCCCAUAGUUGUAGAUUUGGGGCACCCUGCCGAUUCCAGUCUUCUACUGAAUUUCUAGUGAAAUAGCGAUAUCUCCGUAUUCUGUACUCUCAUUGUCCUAAGAAUUGAGACGGUUUUCCAGAUAGAGAAUUUUGUGCAAUAUCUGACCAUUCUUCUGCCUUACAUGCUGGAAUCUACAAAACAUGGACCACAGUCGUCUGUCUGCAGGGCACAGGGCAAAUGUGUCACUUGCAGGUAGAAUUCCGGGCCAUUUUAUAAAUAUUUUUUAUUUAAAGCAGCAGUCUGCAAGGUUCCUUUUUCUAUUAGUCAGUGCUAAACGAACUUGAAUAUGUGCAAUUCUCUCAGGUAAACCUGCUUUAACACACAAAGCCCCCCUCCCUUGCCUAGCUUUCUGUUCUAUCCAGGUAAAGAUUGAGGCCCAUUCACCAAAUAUUGGCAUUCAUGUACAAACUUUAAAAGCAAAGAGCAUUCAAACAUGGAUUAAAACUGAAAGGGAAAUCUACCUAGCUCAGAGUAUUUUUUUUUAAAUAUAGUACUAGUACCAUCAGUGGUGGACUAGAAGUUGCAGAGACCCUAGCAACCACUGGGGCUGCUACUUCUAGAGUUUGUUAUUCUGUAGCUCUGUCUUCUCUUGGCAGUGUUUGGCAAGUGACUACAGAAACCUAUGGGGCAUAUUGAUUAGUGCCAGGAAAAAAUGAUGACUCUUAUUUCUCAUCAGUAACCAUUCCACUCAGUCUGAGGACCUUCUCUUUUUAUAAAGUAAGGAGUCUCUCCCCUUCACCAAUGCAUCCACAGAGAUCUCCUCUUCCCUUCAUGGCUGCAUUUGCUAAAUACAGAUUGCUGCUAUUGAUAACAGCUAAGGACCACUGCACAUUCACCCAACUAGUAGGUGUCUAGGAAAAUAAGGUCAUGGGGUGCUCACACUGUAACCCCAGGUGACUGCCGUUUGUCUCAUUUAAUAAAGCAUCUCUGUAGAUAGUAGGGAAGCCCUGCUUUAGCUAAAGGGAGGUUACCUUUGGCCCCUUGGAGCCUACUGAAAGACACCACGUGCAGCAUCAUUGGCUUCCCCAAUUUACUAAAAGAAAUACAUGAGUAUCCCUCUGUAGGCAGUAUAUAAUUGUUGUGUAUGGAGAAAAAAUAACAUUUAAAAGCUGUUGAAUGAAGCCUUAUCUUGUUGCCCUCCGUAAAGGUCUAAAAAUAAAUAUUAUAUUUUUACAUUUUUCUAAUGGUUUGACAACUGAUAGUGUCUCUUUUGCAGAACUGCUGCUUAUAUCUUUCUAUGAAGAACUUUUAUUUUAGUAGCGCUCUCCUUGGCAAACAUGAAGGUAAAUGAAAUUAGGGCAAGUAACUGUGCCGUUGAUGUGUUUAUCAGAUAGGCAAGCAUGUGGCUGGACCUCUGGCUUCAGAUGAAACAGUAGUCUAUACAAAACUGCAGACACACAGUCAUGAGAAGUGUGUUGCUGGCAACCAGCACUGGGACCUUAUACCAGUUAAGAACAAAGUGUUUCAGCUAUAGGUUUUCAGUGUUUUGUUUAACUAUGAAUGUGCUGCUUAAAAUGCUGAAGAAGUCAAUUUUUCAUAUAUGGGAGAUAUUUUAUGACUUUCUUGUUGUGCCCACUUCUUUAUGAUUGCCCUAUGGACUACCAUAUUUAACCAUACCAGCCCGAUGCAGUGACAGGGUUUCACUUUUAGACUGUAUAUUUUUAAGCAAGAGGGAAUAAACCAUAAUGACCUACUUGACAAUAUUCUCCUAUAUUGGUUGUACAAGACCAUAUCCUGCUGUCAAGACCCGUCCAUGGGAGACUUGUUGAUGUUUGCACAUUUUUUUGCUGGGAUUUGUCUGAAGCAGCAGUAUCUGUAAGAAGACUGGCAGAUUACUGACUUUAUUCUAUGUAUUGUCUCCAUUUGCCAAAAAGCCUACUAACGUGUGGUCACGGAUGUACAUAUUGCUGCAAUGUGGGCUAUUCAGUACCCAAAGAACGCUGUCUCUGGACGUUGCUCCACUCCUAGGACCAUCAAUGCAUCCCUCUAACAUGGAACAAGUGCAAUUUAAGCAACCCCCAGAUCUUUUUAUGUAUCCAAGAACUUUCUUUUUCUAUCUUCAAAUCACAGACUGCUGCUUUAAAUAUUAUCUAUCAAAUCAAACCCAAGCCGGUGCAAGAGGCGGUGAGAGCAGGUUUGUAGAAUAGAUGAACAAAAACCGCUUUGUACAAAAUGAAUCUGACAAGAGGAAACCAGGAUUAUUGCAUCCACUUGGGCCUUCUGGGUGUUUUGCCCCCAAACACAAGUCCUGGGUGGUGUACAGUAUGUAAAUGUGUGUGUGUGUUAGUUGUUCUGUGGUUUCCUUUUUUUAUUAUUGUAUUUGUUCUCCACUAAAAUAGCCUAGAGUUUAACGCAGGUGACCAUGUAUCAGCCAAGCCCUUAAUCAUUGCAGUCUUCUGGUGUUGUGUUAUUUUGUUUUAUUUUGCCAUUGGGUUUGUGUGUGUGUGUGUGUGUGGCUGAACCAAAAAAAGCAAAAGGGUUGGAAAUGCACAGGGAGCUUCACUGCUCACUUGUACCUUGCCAUUGGCUAGGCACAUACUAAAACUGAGCCCUGUCCGUGGCAUCCUCGCUUUCUGCCUGCAUGUAAUGGGCAUGGCCACACUGGUAACGUUCAUUAGCUGUUGGCAGGGUGAGUGCACUAGAUUAUUUUCACUCUAUUUUAGUUGUAGAAAAAAAAACUCCCAAGUGAAAAAUACACUUCCUAAAUAGGUAAUUGGUAUUUAUCCCAUAUUCUGCCAUGUUUACAUAGUAAAUUUGCUGACCUAAUAGAGGGGAAAAAGGCAAAAAAUAGCUGGCUGCUCUCUCACUAGUAUAAAACCUUUUGACGUCUCUUUAGACUAUGACUUUCCUGCUUGGGUAGCGCCUGUUUUCCCCAGACUUAAUGGUUUACAAUAAUUGUAACUUAUGAAAUAGAAGUUCCUUCCUGAUUAACCCCCCAUCUGCUACCAGGAUGUCCAGUAAAAAAAUCUGUCCUUUUAAUGCCCCAGGUUGACAGAUGUGUCCAGGGCAUUGCUGGUUACUUGCAGGGUAGUUAUGGUUACAUGUAGCAGAAUAAAUAGUCUUCCAUAAACCCAAGCAUAUAUCCUACAGAACAAAGUGCAAUGAUUCCAUACAAUUGUAACAACAGUAGAGGUUGGUGAAAAUUUCAAUGUAAAUGUUUGUUGGUGACAUUGAUGUUAUAUCUCUGACAUAGACCAGGGGCUGCAUUAGUUACCAUGCAAAUACAGUGGCAAUAUGUUUAUUAAAGUACAUGCUUGGCUUAAGAACUCAUUCAUUAUCUCCUGGUCCUAAUGAACAAGUUGUUGUGUUCACCCCACAAGAUAUAAACAAUGCCUGAUAGUAGAUCUCAUUUAAUAUUAAAUCUGUGUGUAGUAUGCUCAGUUACCCUUUAUAUUGUCUGGGAAUAUUAUCCAGGCACGUAUGCAUAAACUAGUCAGCUGCUGUGCCAUAGCAUACCAAUGGCUGUUUGCUUUGUACUGGUGGAAUGGGUAAAUGUAGUUUAAUUAAGGCUGAAAGAGCAGGCAGUGUUCAUUGGAACAGCAGGAUUAUAAUAAGAGGUUUAUAUUCAUUUCACAGUUUAUUUUGUCCUUGAUGACUCCUCUCCAAAAGGUAUUUGAAGCCCAAAAACUUCAGCAACCCCUCUACUGUGAACAAAACCCUUAUAAAAUUGUGAUCUACAAAUAAAUGUUAAGAAUAUUUUUUAUUUGCUUUCUCUUUGGGUUUGGUUUUGUAUUUGUUGAUGUGCUCCAGCAGUUCAUGGAAUUAGCAGCUUCGUACAAGUCGCCCUUCAGUCCACAGCUAAAAAAUGAUAUAGUUUGACAUUUUUAGGUGAAUUCAGGAUAAAAGCCCUCUUUGGUUCCAUGCUUCUGGGUCCUCCAUCUAGAAGCUACACACGACAGUACCUCUCUAUAUGUACAGGGCUCCCAGAAUAUGCACAUUCACUGGCCGCUAUUGUCCAUCUUUGUCCAUUAUUAUUAUUGUGAUGCACUUGUGCUUCUGUGAAGCGGCUUCCCCAGCUGAUAUACAGCUUGACGUUCAGCCAUGACAGCAAUGCUGGAUAAGGUAACCAAUGACCUAGAGUGCCAUUUAAUCAUGAGUGCGGAAGAGUGGUGGGUUUCUGAUACUCUGGUGCACAGGGAUGAGAGUAGGGAUUGGCACCCAGGCUCAUGAGGUGGUUUCGCUGCGUUACCUUCUAGGAAUUUGAUCAAACCUGUGUUUAACAGAACACCUGCUUCCCCAAUAUUUGUAUACUGUGUAACUUACCCUUUAAAAUCUUUGUUCCUUAUUGUGUGGAAUGUCUUUUUGAAAGUGUUUUCAAUGGGUUGUGUAAAGAGGAAGCAAAUGUCACUUUUGGGUUCUGCUAUGUCAAGUGUAUUUAUUUGUAACUAAAUGGUUUUCCAAUAAACUCUGUGAAUGGA